AUGGACAAUUCUUUAAGUUCUGAUGAAAGUUAUGAUCUGGGAUAUCAACCUUCACCUUCUUCUAUGGAUCAAUCAGCAGUUGAAACUUCAACAAUGAGUAGUGAUUCGUUUCUAUGCCGCCGGACUAAUUCAGAUGUCUCGGCUUUCUCUGAGUCAGUAGGUGAUGGCAGCUACUCUGGUGAUGCUUCUCCUUCUUGCUGGCCAAAUGUGAAAUCCAACCUCAGUAACCAAGCUGUCCUCAGCAGACUAGGAAUGAAGAAACGUAUGAAUCUCACAGACGAUAAACUCGAAGAUCUUGAAGCUAUGGAUUCAGAACUUGAGUUGAUGAAAGAAAGAUUUGCAAAGCUUUUGUUGGGUGAAGACAUGUCAGGAAGUGGCAAAGGUGUAUGCACAGCUGUUACAAUCUCAAAUUCUGUUACCAACCUCUAUGCCACUGUUUUUGGGGCAAAUCUAAGGUUAGAGCCUUUGAAUCCUGAGAAGAAAGCAAUGUGGAAAAGGGAAAUGGAUUGUCUUUUAUCCGUCUGUGAUUAUAUAGUAGAACUCACUCCAGUAUCCCAAACUUUACCAAAUGGGACAUGCGUGGAGAUGAUGACAAGCAGACCACGAUCUGAUAUUUAUAUUAACCUUCCAGCUUUGCAAAAGCUUGAUGCUAUGCUCAUUGAAGUGCUUGAUAGUUUUCAGGAUACCGAGUUCUGGUAUGCCGAACAAGGGAGCAUUUCAUCAAAGUCAACUAGUUCUGCAGCAGCAUCAGGAUCGUUUCGAAGGAUUAGUGUGCAGCGAAGUGAGGAUAAAUGGUGGGUGCCGGUUCCAUGUGCUCCUCCAGGUGGCCUGUCUGAGAAAUCAAGGAAGCAUUUGAGACACAAACGCGACAGUUGUAAUCAAAUACACAAAGCAGCCAUGGCAAUCAACAGCAGCAUUCUUUCUGAGAUGGAAAUUCCGGAGUCAUACAUGGCAAGUCUUCCAAAGAGCGGAAAAGCUUGUCUGGGAGAUUCGAUUUACCGAUACAUGUCUACCUCAGAGAAGUUCUCCCCAGAACAUCUUCUCGACUGUCUCCAUAUAGCUUCUGAACAUGAAGCACUUGAACUUGCAGACAGAGUUGAGUCUUCAAUGUACACAUGGAGACGUAAAGCAUGCAUGAGUAAUUCAAAGUCUUCAUGGGUGAUGGUAAAGGAUCUAAUGUCAGAGACAGACAGGAAUGAUAAAAACCAUGUCCUAGCUGAGAGAGCAGAAACCUUGUUGUUCUCUUUGAAGCAGAGAUAUCCUGAGCUCUCUCAGACAUCCUUGGACACAUGCAAGAUUCAAUACAACAAGGAUGUGGGGCAAGCAGUACUAGAGAGCUACUCAAGAGUGUUGGAAAGCUUUGCAUACAACAUUGUUGCUUGGAUUGAAGACGUAAUUCAUGUGGACAGAUCGAUGAGGAACCAAGACCAGUAG